CGCAACACACUCGGAUUGUCUGCUGCAUUACAAUUACCGCUUUCCAAAUCUAAUAGCACAGGUCGCGCGAAUGGUGGAGGUGACGUCGCGCGUAAGCUGCACGCGGUGCGACACAAUCAACAACGUUCUCUUCGUUGAUUCUAAUUGGCGCAUUCGUGUUUUCUCGCCUCGCUUGCUUGUAGUGUUUAAUAUGGUUUUACAGCAAGUUGGCUCGUGUGGUUAGCAUUAGCCAGUUAGCUUACAGCACAACCAUAUAAACAAGACGCACGGUGCGCCAGGAGCCAAGACAGACCCCUCGACACGUCAUUGUCUUGUUAAAAUGAACGUUACUGCUUUAUUACAAGACACUCGCAACUAGUUCUAUUGUAGAGAUAUUUCUAGAAUUACGAAUAGAGAGGAAACGCAUGCUAGCUAGUUCUGUGUUAGUGUGAAUGUGCUAUUGAGUGUACGUGCAGGUUUAAUUGAGCGGAAAUGUUCUUUAACAGAGAUGAUCAAUAGUCAAAUGAAAAGUGUCUUAUCUUUUAGUCAUCAUAUAGAUUAUGCAGUCAGUUGAUCACAGCAGGCCUCUGUAUUAUGAGCAGUGAAGGCCCGUAGAGUAGCAUUCCUGACAUCUGCCAAAAGACUGUAGGAAGAACAGUUUCAAUGCCAAAAUUUGAAAUAAUUGACAUUUUACACAUGGGCGAUUUAUGAUCAGAUGAUGAUUUGAGCUGGAGUUACUGAAAAGAAUUGACAUUAGGCUUUUGACCAAUAUUGGGCCUUUUUAAGGCAAAUCGUAACUAUUCUAUCUGGAUGGUCUUUAGAAGUGUCACAGGAAGUAGUUGAUCUAAAAUGGGAGACGAUCGACCUUUCGUCUGCACUGCCCCAGGCUGUGGACAGAGGUUCACCAAUGAGGACCAUUUGGCAGUGCAUAAGCAUAAACAUGAGAUGACACUGAAGUUUGGACAAGCCAGAACAGACACUGUUAUUAUAGCAGAUCAGACACCCACUCCCACCCGUUUCCUUAAGAAUUGUGAGGAGGUGGGUUUGUUUAGUGAGCUGGCUGGCUCCUUUGAACAAGAUCUUCGCAAAACACAAGAGGAAGAGGAGAGGAGAAUUAAGGGCACGCUUCCAGUGCUGCAGAUGCCUACUGAGGUUAAAGAGAGGGAACGGCCCCUUGAGAUAGACUCCUCCCUUUCGGAAAGCCUAGUCUCCGCAUCCAGCAUGACAAACAGCAAAGACGCAGUCACCAUGGCAAAGGACCCUGUUGCCAUGAGGAAGGGCAAGGAUGUUCCACCAAGAACUGCUGCAAGUUCUACCCCUAUGCCAACCAUAGUGCGGCCAGGCUCGCUCUCUCUUCACCAGGGAUUCGAUUCUAUUAAUCCGACUCAGCCCUCACCCACCUCUGUUAUCACAAGGACCCCUCCCUCCAACAGACUCAGCUCACCGUCUGGUUCUUUUCCCAUGCUGAUGCAGCUUCCAAAUGGUCAGACUGUUCCACUACUGCCCAGUCCAGGGCAGACUUCGGUCAUAUCACUUGCCAGAUCAUCAAAUAUGGUUCCCAAUAUCCCUGGGAUUCCAGGACCUCCUAUUGGUGGAAGCAGCAGUGGCUCCUCCUCUCCAUCUGGAUACAGUACACACUCUGAUGCCAAGACGAGGCUUAAGGCAGCACUUUCUCAGCAGAGUCCUAGUGGACCAGCACCAAUACAAAAAACAGAUCACACUGAGACACCGUCACCUGCUCAACCACAGGUAUCCCCUGCUCCACCAAAAGGUGGACGCAGGCGUCGGGGGGCAGAUAUAGAGCCAGAUGAGCGCAGGCGUCGCUUUCUUGAAAGAAACCGAGCAGCUGCCUCACGUUGUCGGCAGAAACGAAAAGUGUGGGUCAGUGCCCUAGAGAAACGUGCCGAAGAGUUAGCCACCUCAAACGUCACCCUCAGUAAUGAAGUGUCCCUAUUGAGAACUGAAGUGACACAACUUAAAGAGCUGCUAUUGGCCCAUAAGGACUGCCCUGUUACUGCCAUGCAGAAAAAAGCGUACAUUGCUGCAGGGGUGGAUGAGAAUUCAGCAUCUGCUUUGGUGAUGCCAGUAUCGGUUCCAGCGCCAGUAUCUGUUAAUGGUCUGAGUGUACGUGCCGCAGAGGCUGUUGCCGUUUUAGCAGGAAUGGGGUCUGGCCAAUGGAGUAACACAGCAGGAGAUGCUUCCUCCCAAUUACAGGCCACGUCCAGAUGAUGAGCAUAUCCCUCAGCCAAUAGGAUCUAGAUAUACUGUCGAUGAGACUUUCAAAGGAGUGAAUUUCCCAAACAUUUCCCCUCAAAACUGUCAGUUACAAUGUGUUUAUUAAUGCCUCUCAUGUGACAAAUGGGAACCAAUGUUACCACGCCUUGACCACACCCUGCUCACCAAUUGCCAGUCACAAACUGUCCCUGGGCUGAGUGGCAAAACAGUGUUGCCUGUUAUAGGUUGCCACUCUCAGACUGCACAGACAUGGAAGCACUGAAGUGGAAGUCUGUUCUUCUGUCAUCUCUAUAAGAUAUACAGUACACUUAGAGAUAUACACUUUCACUAAUGCAUUCAGUUGAUAUUUUGUCUUGUUUGCAGACCCCCCCCUUUUCUAAUAGAACAAUUCAUUGCAUGAUUCUGGCCACAUUAAUGAGAUGAUUACUACACUAUGCAGUUACGUUUUACACCUUAUGUCUCACUCUCUCUUGCUAUUUCUGUCUCUCACAUACUCGCUCUAACUCUUUCUCUCAUUUACCUUAUUGUCCCUCUCUGUCUUGAUUUAAUUGUUGUAUCUCUCUCAGGUCUGUGCUUCUGUGCUGUUAAAGUGAAGAUCCGGUCUCAUAUUAGUGUAACCUGGCACCGCAGAAUGGACUUUGAAUGGAGAGAAAUAAGAGCAAUAUAUUUUUAUAUUUGAAUAUCGUUAUCAGUUUUGUUUGAAUUUUGCAGUCUAUAUAUGGAUGUAACGGGUAGUGUAACCACAUGGAUGUGUUUUCAAUCAGUUUGAUUAUGAUAUGCUCUGCUGAAUUAUAGUUAUCUUUAACCAAAAUACAUAAAUCCUUUUACAUAAGAGGUUCGAACCCAAAGUUUGAGGAAACACACACUCACGUGUAAUGACUGUUGUUCUUGCAUUUUGUGAAUGUAUAGUAGUUAACUAACCCGGCAAUGAAUGUGACAUCCCAUUUCAAAGUGGUUGAAAAUGCUUUUAAGUGAACUUGGGUCUUUGAAAGACUUUAUACAAAUGAAACAUUUUAGUUAUUUACUCUUGUCAACCCUUAGUAGAUGUUGUCAUCUGCACAUAACUAACACAAAGCUUAAGGUUUUAUUUUACUCCAUUAAACAGUUCACAGAUAGUCUUGUGUAGUUGAUGAGUAACCCCUACCCAUCAAAUUUUUUUUAUAAUAUAAUCUGCAUUUGUUUAAGCCUGGCUUUUAAAUUCAUCAAAUUCGUUAAUUUUUUUUAAAUCCAACUUUCAAUAUUUAGUUUUUGAACACAGGUUUUAAACUAUCUAGGUUUUAUUUAAAAAAUUCAGCCUGUCAUAUCAGUUUCUGUGAUUGACCUGCCUCUGGAUUGAUCAUAUUUGGAAGCAGAAUGUGCUGCUUUCUACAGUUUGUAUACUGUAACUCACUGAUCCCAGAUUGUGUAAUGUGUCAGUGAAGCCCUUAAACUAGAGCUGUAAAUAUGAAAUAAGUGUCGGCAUACAAACAUUGCUUACUGUAUGAUAUUGACUAACUGAAAUGGUCCUUAAGAAAUGUUAUAAUUAAACGUUAAUGAAACUCUAGCUAGACUUCUGCACAUUUAAUUAUAUGGAUUGUGCUGUUUUGUGCAACAAAUUUGAUUUUGAAAGUGGCUUUUAUCCUUUGUGUGUGUAUAGAAGUUGUGCAAUGAUAUCCAGACUUGUGUACAUGACUGGUCUGUGUUUAUGGAAUAACAUGGAUGAGGCACUAAAGCAUUGUGUUUUUUUCAGUAUAGGCAAUACAGUAUAUUCGAAACAUGUUAUAGACCUUGUGUAAUGCCUUUCAUUGAGAAUG